AUGUUUCGAAAAACUUUUUCUACUACAAGAAAUAAUUCAGUAACUUCUGGAUUUAUUUGUUCGUUUUAUCGAUAUCCAAUUAAUUCGAUAAAAAAUACUUUUAGGAACAUUAGUUCAUUAUCAAAAUUUGAUGCAGUUGUCUUUGGUGCAUACAAGGAUGGUUCACUUACGGAUUCGGCUGCUAAAUUAAUUCCCGAAACUCUUCAACAAAAAAUCAAAGAGCAACUACAAUUUUCGGGAAUUAAAGGAAAAUUAGGUGAAACAAAAUUAUUUUAUAAUAUUGGAGGUGAAGAUAUUCCAAAAAAGAUAGCCGUUGUUGGACUAGGAACUCAUAAAAAUAAUGUUGAAGAGGAAUUCGAAGCUUUGGGUAGAGCACGGAAAUCGGCUGCAAUUGGGGUACGUUCUUUACGAGAAAUAGGAGCUAAAAAUAUUGGUGUUGAUGUGAUGACACAUGAACACGGUGCUGCUGAAGGUGCAACACUUGGACUUUAUAGUUUUGAUAGCUUAAAAUCCGAAAACAAUCGAAAGUCACCAAUAAACAUUGAACCAAUUGGAGUAUCAUCAAAAAUUAAAUCUUCAGAAGAAUUAUCAUGGGAUACAGGACUUAUUUACGCAACUGCUCAAAAUAAUGCACGUGAACUUGCUGAAACGCCAGCAAAUCUUAUGACGCCAACUCAUUUUGUUUCUAAAGUCAGGUCAUUCUUGAAAGAUAAUUCUAAUGUUAAAGUGAUUGUUCAUGAAAAGGAAUGGGUAAUAGAAAAAGGGAUGAAUUCUUUCUUAUCUGUAGCUAAAGGUUCCAAUGAACCAUUGAAAUUUUUGGAAAUUCACUACACAGGUGGUAAAGAAAACAAAAAGCCAUUAGCAUUAGUUGGAAAAGGAAUAACUUUUGAUUCCGGUGGGAUUUCACUUAAACCAUCAUCAAAAAUGGCGGAAAUGAAGGGUGACAUGGGAGGUGCUGCUGCAGUCAUAUCAUCAUUGUAUGGUAUUGUUAAACUUGGUUUACCAAUAAAUGUUGUUGUAUCUGUUCCAUUAUGUGAGAAUAUGCCUUCUGGUCAUGCAAUUAAACCUGGUGAUGUUAUUAAAGCUAUGAAUGGUAAAUCAAUUGAGAUUGAAGACACUGAUGCUGAAGGUCGUCUCAUUCUUGCUGAUGCUUUAUAUUAUACUAGUUCUACUUAUCAACCACAUAGUUUGAUUGAUAUAGCUACUUUAACUGGUUCAAUACAUGUCUCAUUAGGAGAAAUUUAUUCAGGUGUAUUUACUAAUUCUAAAAAACUUUGGAAACAAUUAUCAAAUUCUGGAAAAAUUACAAAUGAUCCUUUUUGGCGUAUGCCUUUAAAUGAUGGAUAUAUUGAAUCCCUCAAAAAAUCAAUAGUGGCAGAUCUUGGAAAUGAUGGUGAAAGAGGAGGAGGCGCAAGUAUAGCUGCAACGUUCUUAAAAGAAUUUGAGUUAGACGAUGCUGAUGAAGAAAAAAAGAUUCGUUAUGCUCAUAUUGACAUGGCAGGAUCUAUGUUGACUUCGCAAGAUUCAGGGUAUAAUCCUAGUACUGCCUCGUCGACGUUUGAUCAUAGCGUUGAUUUAUUAAAUGCAGUAUCGGCAGGUGGCGAUGUUAUUACACCAUUCCUACCUUUAUUCAGUAUUGUUUCAAAUGUUGUUGAUAAAUUGAAUAUAAUAUAUGAAAACGCAAAAUGUAAUCAAAAAAUAUGUUUAGCUUUAAUGGACCGUGUUGAGAUUGUUCAACAAGCUACCAAGUCUUUACAACGUAAAAGAAAAGAAAAUGAAAAAAAUUUUUGUAAUCAACAAUAUUAUAAUUCAUGGAUUAGAUUUACUUACGUAUUAAAAAAUAUUAGAAAAUUCGCUAAAGAUGCAACACAACAACAAUCACUAUUUCAAAAAUAUAUAAAUGCUAAUGCUGUCAAAGCAGCAUUUGAUAAAAAUAUUAAAGAAUUUGAAGAUGCAUGCAGAGAUUUGCAAUUUUCAGUAGCUAUGUAUUCUGAAGAACAAAGAGAACAAGAGAAUAAACAAAUUCUAGAAGAUAUAUUUAUGUUAAAUAAGACAAUGAAUGAAGUUUCAGAUGAUGUAAAAAUGGUUUUGAAGCAAGUAAAUAUUUUAACGAUUAAUAUGGAACAAUUGACGGAUCAAAUAUCAAAACGUGGAGGUUCUGCUUCCGCAAAAACUUUAUUAAAUGAGUCAUAUAAGGCUCAAACCAUUCAACCUUCCGAACUUCAGGAACCAAAUAGUGGAUCCGAUAAUGUAAGAGGAACUCAGAAAACUGUUAGAAAAAAAAUCUAUCGUUCAAUGGAUGUUGCAUGUAAAAAAUUUCAAACUGUUAAGAAAAAUGAUACAGCUGAUUCCCAAAGAGUUCAAACUGAAUUGGCAAUACUCAGCUUAUUAGGAAAAUGUACCCAUAUUAUUACUUUUUAUGGUCUUUCGAGUAUAGAACAAGAUGAUGUUAUGGUUUUUGAAUGGGCUUCACAUGGAAACUUGAAAGAAGUUUAUACAGAUUAUACAAUUUCUUGGACUAAAAAAUUACAAUUUAUCUCGGAUAUAUUUUGUGGUCUUAGUUUUAUAAUUAACUGUGGAGUUCUUCACCAUGAUGUUCGAUGUGAGAAUAUUUUGAUCACUAAAAAUUGGGAAGCAAAAAUUUCAAAUUUUAAAACGUCACGUCAAGUUAAAGCAGAUACUACGCCACGUUCAAACUUGAGUGAUUAUGUUCGUUGGUUAGCUCCCGAAAAACUUCGUGAUUUAGAUCAAACACGUUAUACCCAUAAAUGCGAAAUGUUUAGUUUCGGGAUGUUAGUUUGGGAACUUUGUUACCAAAUGGUUCCAUAUAAAAGCAUGAAAUUAACAGAAAUACAAGAUCAUGUUAAAAAUAAGAGAAGGGAAAAUUUAGGAAUUCAAUUUCAUCCAAGUCCAAUUGCGCAAGAACUUGCCGAACUUAUUAAGCAAACAUGGAAUGAUGAUCCGGAGUUACGUCCAUCAUAUCUUGAAGUUCAAACGAAAAUCAAAAAUUUAGAAAGCCAAUAUAUAUCUAGUCAAUCCCCACGAAUUUUUCCAAAAAAUAAAGCCAAUAAGGACAUUCCAUAUAUAGACUUGGGUCAACAAUCCGAUCAACAAUCCGAUAAUGACUCUUCUAUCUCUGUUGAUAUUGACCUUCUUGAACCCAAGAAAAUGGAUGAUCAUAAGUUAUCAUGUGCCAAUAUUCCAACAGUUAAAGUCUUAAAACCAUUUGAGGAUGGAGUUAAAGCACAUAAAGAGAAUCAAUAUAAGAAAGCUUAUGAAUGUUUUAAUGAGCAUGCAAAUUUAGGACAUAGUUUAGCGAAAUAUUAUAAAGGUUAUUAUCUUGAGAAAGGAUUGUAUGUAGAAAAAAAUGAAAAAGAAGGUGAAAAUUGGAUAAAAAUGGCAGCCGAAGAAGGUGUCCCGGAUGCACAACUUCGUUAUGCAAGUAUAUUAAAGAAGGAUAGUAAAGAUAGUUCUAAAAACAAUCAGAGAAUUUUACAUUAUUUGAAACAAGCAGCAGAUAUGGGAAAUGAUGCUGCUAUGUAUUAUCUUGGAACUAUUUAUUAUGAUGGAAAAUUGGGAACGCAAGUAGAUAAAAAAAAAGGGAGUGAACUAAUUAAAGUAGCAGCUUUGAAAAAUCAUUCUGACGCAAUAAAUUUUAUAAAAAAAAACAACAUGAUUGAUUAA